AUGAGUCUCGGAAGGCAGACCCCGAUGCAUGGGACAUAUGGGUGGGGGGUCGAUACAUUUUUGUUUGCCUCGGGUUUGUGGUGCCUCGGUCGGUACAAAGAGUACUACGUUGUUCAUAUUGAGGAAGAGAGCUGCUUGAAAGAAGAAGCAGAGGAAAUUAUAAGUUCACUCGAGUUGACUGAGGAAAAUUACGAAGUCGCAUUGCAAUUAUUAAAAGAUCGUUACGACAAUAAACGCGUUAUAAUUCAAAAGCACGUUCGCGCUCUCAUGGAUUUGCCGACGAUCGGGAAAGAGUCCGCGCUAGAACUCCGCAAAUUUAUUGAUGCAAUGAGCAUGCAUUUACGCGCACUAAAGUCAUUAGGGCAGCCCAGCGAUACAUGGGAAACGUUGUUAAUCCAUUCAUUUACGGCUAAACUUGAUCGCGUUACGCAUCAAGAAUGGGAAAAGUCGGUAACCGGGACCGAGAAGCCGACGAUGAAAGAAUUCACGUCCUUUUUGGAGAAACGUUGCCAAAUUCUCCAAGUUGCAAGUAUUAAUCUGGACAAUAAAUCGGUACCACCUUCGAAAUUAAAUAAUGUUAAAAAGCAAGUAUUUGCAGUCGUGCAAUCAUCAGACGGAUGCGCAAUUCGCAAAGAUUCGCACAAGGUCUACAUGUGCGAUUCGCUUAAGAAUCUCUCCAUUAAAGAUCGUUUCGAGAAGGUCAAAUCAAGCAAGCUCUGCUUCAAUUGCUUGAAGGUAGGCCAUUCGAACUCUGACUGUAAAUGGUCAGGGUGUAAAAAAUGUGGCAAAAAACAUAAUACGCUACUGCACUACGAUGCGAACGAAUUCAAUACGCGAAACCAUCAGACGGGCAACGCGCAACCAGAAGCUUCAACUGCGAACUUUAAUGGCGUUGCUUACAAAGCAUACAGUGCGCUGGUGUCGCCGCAAUCUGUACUUUCUGCCGCGGUCAUAAACAUCAAAAAUCAAGACGGAAAUCUUGCAAAAGCACAAACGUUAAACCAAAUAGAGACGCGUAUAAAAUAUUCUGUCCGAACUGAAAUUAAUUCGCGAUGCACAUGCUAUAAAGAGACAGUAGAAUUUCUCGUAUUGCCGAACAUCUGCAAUCACCUACCAAACGAGUACAUUGACAAGCGAACAAUUAAGGUACCAUUAAGGAAACCAUUAGCUGACCCCGAAUUCAAUAAGCCGCUAGUAAUCGACGCUUUACUCGGCGUGGAAUUGUUUUUCCAUGUCCUGUGCAUCGGCCAAGAGAGAAUUCCGGGACCUACAGCUUUGUUGCAGAAAACAAAGUUAGGUUUGAUCCCCGCGGGUAAAAUCAAUUCAUCAACUCAAUCGAACAAGCCUAGACAAUGUAUGCUGUCCUUUAACGCGUUGCAUAAAUCGCUAACUAAAUUUUGGGAAAUCGAAGAGGUUCAAAAUCAGAAAUUCCUCUCCGAAGAAGAACAUGAAGUCGAGCCACAUUUCCAAGAAACUACGACGCGCGAUCCUGUAACCGGUCGUUAUACAGUAAGAUUACCCUUCAAUGAAAAAAUCAAGCAAUUAGGCGAGUCACGUAAAAUCGCGGAGCGUCAAUUUUAUGCUCUCGAACGUAAAUUAAAGAAAAAUCCAACAUUGAAAUCCGAUUAUAUUGACAAUAUGCGCGAAUCCAUUCAGUUAGGACAUGCAGUUCGUAUUGAGGCUCAUGAGAUACGAGACAAGCAUUGCUUUCUGCCUUAUCACGUAGUAAUUAAAGACUCUAGCUCAACGACAAAACAUCGCAUAGUCAACAAUGCUUCUGCAAAAACGAGCACAGGAGUAUCGUUGAAUGACGGUUUGAUGGUUGGAGCCGUUGUUCAAGAUGGUAGCUUCGAAAUCGCGUUAAGAUUCCGCGAGCAUCAAAUUGUGUUCCUCGCAGAUAUCGAAAAGAUGUAUAAACAAAUACGUCUUCACCCAGAAGAUGCGCAGUACCAGUUAAUAUUAUCCUAUUUAUUAAAGGAGAAGCACAUAAAUUAA